AUGAGCGUCGAGGAUGGUAUACGCGACCUCCCUCUUAUCCUGUCCGGUUCCACCCCGGUCAAUGACAAAGGCAGUCUGGGCUCGAAAAACUACUCGGCUCUUCCCAAGGCUGUCGUUCUAGGAGGCGGAUACGACGAGGAAGCUAUCACUCGACUCCACGAGGCUGUUACCAGCUCGCCAGUAACAGUAAAGUUGCCUUGGUUGAAAGCGGAUCUCAACAAGACGAAGGCAGGCCCUACUCCAGGUUCAGAGGAGUACUGCAGGGCGGCGGCUUCUCGAAUGAAACAUACACUUGGAACUAUACUGGAGAGAGAAAAUCUUGAACCAGGAGGGAUGUUCUACUGGUAA